AUGCGAGAAAAAUGCCCCCCGCUCCAAAUCCUCAUCGUCGGCGCCGGCCUCGGCGGACUCGCGACCGCGCUCGCCCUGCGGAAAUGCGGCGGCGGCCAUCAUAACAUUCGAAUCUUGGAAAAGCACGCCGCGCAGACGGAGAUUGGCUUUGCCGUGUCGCUGACGCCGAAUUGUGUAAAGGUAGGUAAAAAUUUUCGUUUCGAUUCAGGAGAAACCCAAAUUCCACCGGAGGAGGUUUUCUCUUCCAUUCCAAUUUGAAUGAAUGAAUGAUUUUAAUUUACUGACCAAAAGGAUACCUUUUUGUUCAAAUGAAUAGGUCCUGAAAUUCCUCGGCUUACCAUUCGAACGGGCGGGCUUAUCGCCGUGGACGGGGUUAGAUUUCAUCCGGGCGCGAGAGGGGGAGGCGAUGAUGGAAUUGUCAUCAUCCGAGGGCAGGAAUGCGGCGGAGAGGGAGAUCUUGGGGCGGGCGGAGGAGAGGUACGGCGCGCCCUCGCUGGCGGCGCACCGGGUGGAUUUGCACGACGCUCUGCGGGAGAUGUGCGUGGAGUUGGGGGUGGAGAUUCGGGAGCGGGAGCGGGUGGUGAGGUAUGAUGCGGGGGAAGGGAGGGUGGAAGUGGAGGGCGGGGAGGUGUUCCGGGGGGAUGUGGUUAUUGCGGCGGAUGGGGUGCAUUCGCGGGCGCAUCGGUGGGUGGUGGGGGAGGAGAGGCCGGUGAGGAGGAGCGGGUUGAGGAAUGUGAGGUUUACCAUGGACACGGAGAGGUUUCGGGGGAUCUGGGGGUUGACGGGAGCGGAGGGGGAGAAGGCGGCGGGGAUGAGUGUGGUCUAUGCUGCGGAGAGGAGGGAUGUGUUGCUUCUGAGGUAUAGUUGUCGAGGGUGAGUGGUUUCCAUUCCUCCAUCCUGGCUCGCUACUGACGCUGGGGGGUAUAGGGGUGCGUUGCAGAACUUUGGCCUCUAUGAGUUCUCGGAUGGAGAUGCGGCUAGUCAAGAGCGGUGGAAGAAUGACAGUCCCAAGGAGAUUGCUCUGGCCUUGCUGGAAGGGUAUAACGACUCAGUCCGGGAGAUUGUCCGCAGAACAGAUGAGAAAGACAUGUAUCUCUGGCAUGUCAACGAACGUCUGCCCUUACCUUCCUUCCACAAGCACCGCCUGGUUCUCCUCGGAGACGCCGCGCAUCCGAUGCAUCCGACUCUCGGAGCAGGAGCGGCGGCCGCCUUCGAAGAUGCCGCAACGUUGGGGAUUCUCCUUCGAGAUGUGCAAGAUACAAACCUGGUGGAGGAGCGCUUGAGGAUGUACAAUGCUCUGAGACGACCGAGGGCGAGUGCGAUGCAAUUGCUUUCUCAGUCGGAUUCCCUGUGGUAUACGAUUCCGGAGGAGAUACAGCAGAUGGCGAGGGAGUUUAUCAGUGAGGAGGACUGGCCGGAUCCGUUGACGAGGCCGGGAGUUAAUCACUGGUGCUUCAAGUUUGAUUGUGUUGGUGCGGCGGAAAAGGCGCUGGAGGAGAUGAGGAGGGAUUCGAAGACUGCAUGA